AUGGCAGACACACAAGAACCUGAACCUCGCAAUAGCCGACCAGGCUCACCCCGGAACUCCGACAGGCCCAUCCCUAAGCUUCUCGUUCAUCGAUUCAGCUACCCACAGCUCAUAGCCAUCCCAGUCCUUUUUACUGUCGGCUAUAUCGCCACAAUCGUCACCCUCUCGCUACAAGAUGUCAACCCAGGCCUGUUGUAUAGCCAAUGUCACGCCCGAGCCAAGGUGCCCUGGCUCAGCCACAUUCCUCUCCUUGGCGCUCCGGCCUGCUAUCUCGUCUCCUUCUUUCAGUACGCCGUGUCAUCUUUUCGGUCUGCCGCCAUGAUGUCCGAGAUUCUCGCUUUCAUCGGUGCUCUUCUUACUGUGGCGACCCUCGAGGCCGCUCGCUUGUGCAAUGCCAGCGCUACUCUGAUCGCCAACCCUACCGGCCCUUGGCUGAUGUUUAAUCUGGCCGGCGGCCAGCUGGUCUGGGGUUUGGUCAUCGUCCCGGCGUUUGUGAAGCGCGCCAAAGGUCUCGAGGUUGUCGAGAGAAGCGGUGAGGAUCGUUUGGCAGCCGACAGUCGAAACCUUGCUCUUGGUGUCGAGGCAAUCGCUGUCCCCGUGGCUAUUCUUUUGGGAUUCUUCGUUCCGUCUUUGGCCAUGAUAUUCACCCGUUCGUCGGUAGCCGUUUUCGUAUGGCUAUUCUUCCCCGUUUACGUCACCAUCGUUCGUCAGUUUGUCCGCUGGUUCUUGGUCCGGGCCAACGCGGAGAAGUUUGCGCCUCCAUUCAGGGUAGAACAACACCGCGCGUCCAUCUCUGGCGUCUAUCUCCCCGCCGUUUUGUUUUCCGUCAUUGCGCACGGAUGGCUUAUUUUCAGUUUGUUCAAGACCGAUGACCGCAAGGAGAUGACCAGGUCUUGUCUGGGCUUCAUCCAGAUCGACUCGCUGUUCAUCGCCGCGACCGCACUGUACUGGGUCAUGGUCGAGGGUGGUUGGAAGUCUGCCGGAGUUGCUGUUUUGGUGUCUGUGAUACUGGGACCAGGCGCUGGACUGUGUGCUGCAUGGAUUUCUCGGGAGUAUGUGGCACACGGCGCGACCAUGGAUGUAACCGAGGAGCAGACUGAUAAUGGACAACCUAACGAAGAGACGCCGUUGCUUGGGUAG